UCUCCUCCUCGGCUCUGCUUGGCUGGCGCUGUCUGUGUUUACCUCUCAGCCCAGCGCCGCCGCCGCUGCAGCUCAUCCUCCUCCGACACUGGUGUGAGGGCCCUCGUUUCUCAUCCUCAGCGCUGUGUGUCGGUGGCUCUGUAGCCGAGUUGUGAGAGAUGAAUAAGGAAAUCAUGUCACGUGUGUUGAAGAAGAGGCUGGCCGACCCUAAGGUGGUCCAGUACGUGUGGGCAGCCAUCGAGGUCAUACGCAACCAGAAACAAAUCGCAAACAUGGACAGGAUUUCAAAGUACCUGAGCCGCGUGUUUGGCAUGCACCCCAAAGAGACUGCCCGCCAGCUGAGCCUGGCCGUGAAAGACGGCCUGGUGGUGGAGACGCUCACUGUCGGUUGCAAAGGCUCCAAGGCCGGCAUCGAGCAGGAAGGUUACUGGCUGCCUGGAGAGGAGAUGGACCCGAAAGCAGAGGGCAGUAAGGACUGGGAGGCGGAGAGCCACGACUGGUACUGCUUCGACUGUCACCUACCGGGCGACGUCCUCAUGUGCGACAACUGCUUCCGAGUCUAUCACCUCAAGUGUCUGUCGGACGAGUGCAAGCCCCGGGACGGAGGCUCGCAGUGGCAGUGUGUCGUCUGCAGGGGCAGUAAAAAGAAGAACCUGAACAAACAGGAAAUGAGUAAAUACCUGCGUUUUAUCGUCCAGCGAAUGAAGGAGAGGGCUGUGGAUCUGAACAAGAAAGGCAAAGACAUUAAACAUCCCAUGUACAGACGACUCAUCCACACGGCACUGGACGUCAACAACAUCCAUGAGAACCUGGCUGAAGGAAAGUAUAAAAGUUUUGACGAGUUCAAAGCAGACGCUCAGCUCAUUGUUCACAACACUUCCAUUUUGUACGGAGUUCACAGCGACCAGGCGGAGAUCGCACGGUUGCUCUUCAGCGACACGUGUCACGAGCUGAACGAGUUGUUGUUGUGUAAGACCUGUUUCUACCUGUCCAAUGCUCGGCCCGACAACUGGUUCUGUUACCCUUGUAGUCCCAGUCACGACCUGGUCUGGGCCAAGAUGAAAGGAUUUGGUUACUGGCCGGCCAAAGUCCUGCAGAGGGAGGACAACCAGGUGGACGUGCGCUUCUUUGGACACCAGCAUCAGAGAGCAUGGAUCCCCGCAGACAACAUCCAGGACAUCAAGGUGAGCGUCCAGCAGCUACAGGUGAAGCGCAGCAGCGGCUGGAAGAAGGCAUGCGAGGAGCUCGAGGUUUACCAACGCUUCCUGAAGGAGGGACGCUUCUGGAAGACAAAGACGGACGACAGCAGCAGCCCGCCACACAGAGAGAGCCUGCGGCAGCAGCAGCAGCAGCAGCAGCAGCAGCAGCAGCAGCAGCAGGAGCAGGAGGAAGAAGGGGAGGAAGAGGAGGAAGAGGAGGGCAGCAGCACGAGGAUGGACAGACUGGAGCGGACAGAAGAAGCCGAGUCCAGCAUCUCGUCCACGAGCAAUGAGCAGGUCCGACAUCUCAAAGGCAGUCAGGAGCCCAAAGCAAAGAAGAGCCGUCGGACUCAGAUGCUCGAGCCCAAAGAAGAAGCCAGUGACCCAGAACCAGAGAUGGAGGCCGUGAGCUCCAGCCAGGAGAUUCCCGUGUCCUCGGUGCUGCAGCAGCCCGAGAAGCUGUCCGUGUCCACACAGACCAAGAAGGCGAGCGGUGGGUCGCCGCGCACGCUCCACCGCGGCACCCAGACCAACAGUGACAGCGUCUGUCAGAACAUGUGCCACGAGAAAUACACCAAGGUGUUCAACGACGUCAAGGACAUGAUGAAGGCCGACAACAAGAGGGAGACAGAGCGUGUCGUCAGGGAAGCUCUGGAGAAGCUCCGUGCAGAGAUGGAGGAGGAGAAGCGACAGGCGGUGAGUAAAGCCGUGGCCGGCGCUCAGGCAGAGAUGGACAGGAAGUGUAAGCAGGUGAAGGACAAGUGUAAAGAAGAGCUGGUGGAGGAGGUGAAGAAGCUGGUGGCUCAACACAAGCAGCUCAUCUCCCAGACCAAGAAGAAGCAAUGGUGUUAUAACUGCGAGGAGGAGGCGAUGUACCACUGCUGCUGGAACACCUCAUACUGCUCCAUCAAGUGUCAGCAGGAGCACUGGCACGCCGACCACAAACGCACUUGCCGCAGGAAGAGAUGAAGCCACAGGCCCCGCCCCCUCUCCCACCUGCACAGCACCUGUCAGUCAGUCUACCACACACACACACACACACACACACACACUCCUGCUUCUGUACUUGCCUUCCUGAGAAACUUUUGAGGACGUUCUCUGCGUGAAAAAGAGCGAUUUUUUUUUUUAAAUUACUUUAUCAUUUCUGUUAUUUAAUGUUUUUCUUUCUUUGUCCUCUGUGUGAGUGCGAGCACCAAGUCUCGCUGUGGACGAUG